AUGGCAGACGUCAAGGCGCCCACAGACAUCUCGUCGAGCCCGAGGCGGAGCGUUGACGCCGCCCCGGAAAAGAACCUCGACGCCGACGAGCUCCGUCUGGCCCAGAUGGGCCAUACGCAGGAGCUCAAGCGGCACUUCAGCACGCUCAGCCUCAUCGGCCUCGCGUCGACGACGACCAUUUCCUGGACCGGUCUCGGCCUCGGCCUCAUCACGGAGAUCAACGCCGGCGGGCCGGGCGCCGUCAUCUACGGCUUCAUCCUCGUCACGCUGCUGCAGUGCUUCCUCGGCGCCUCGCUCGCCGAGUUCGUGUCGUCGUACCCGACCGAGGGCGGCAUGUACCACUGGAUCGCCGCCGUGGCGCCCAGGCGCAUGACGGGCGUGCUGAGCUUCUUCACCGGCUGGUUCAGCGUACUCGGCUGGAUCUUCACGACCGCCUCGACGAACCUCAUCUACGCCCAGGUCCUCAUGGCCCUCAUCGCCGUCUACCACGGCGACCUCGAGAUCCAGGCGUGGCAGACCUUCAUCGUCUACCAGGGCCUGAACCUCAUCACGGCCUGCAUCGUCAUGUUCGGCAACAAGAUCAUCCCCGGCCUCAACAAGUUCUCGCUCUUCUACCUGCAGAUCGGCUGGCUCGCCGUCAUGGUCACCGUCGCCGCUUGCGCGCCCACCCACCGCGACCCGGAGUUCGUCUUCCGCACCUGGAUCAACAACACGGGCUGGGAGAACCAGGUCGUCUGCUUCAUCAUGGGGCUCGUCAACCCGCUGUACAGUCUCGGCGGCCUUGACGGGGUGACGCACAUCACGGAGGAGAUGCCUAACCCCUCGCGGAACGCCCCCCUUGCCAUCGCCAUCACGCUCUGCAUCGCCUUCGUCACGGGCAUUACGUACCUCAUCACCCUCAUGUUCUCCAUCCAGGACUUCGACGCCUUGUCCACGACCAACACCGGCCUGCCGCUCGCCGAGCUGUUCCGCCAGGUCACGCAGGGCGCCGGCGGGGCCUUCGGUCUGACCUUCAUCCUCUUCGUCGCCCUGGGCCCCUGCGUCGUGAGCUCGCAGCUGAGCACCGGAAGAGUCUUCUGGGCCUUCUCGAGAGACGGCGCUAUGCCCUUCUCCAGAGUCUGGUCGAGAGUCCACGCCAAGUGGCAGGUCCCCAUGAACUCCCAGCUCGCCGUCACCGCCAUCGUGGCGGCGCUGGGCUGCCUCUACCUCGGCUCCUCGACGGCCUUCAACUCGCUCCUCGGCACCGCCGUCACCAUCAACAACAUCUCAUACAUGUUCCCGAUCCUCACGAACCUCCUAACCCGGCGCAAGAACAUGCACCACGGCGUCUUUCACAUGGGCCCCACACUCGGUCCCGUCGUCAACAGCGUCACCGUGUGCUGGCUGACCUUCGCCAUCGUCUUCUUCUCCUUCCCCUACGUCAAGCCCGUCGAGCCCGCCAACAUGAACUACACGUGCGUCGUGGUAGGCGGCCUCACCGUCCUGGUUGGAGCCUGGUGGCUCAAGGCCGGGUCGAAGUAUAGCGAGAAGAUGCUCCAGGCGAAGGAAGAGUAA